AUGUCGCAACAGGCCGAGUCCCUUUAUAAUGACCCCGUACCUUCGGCUAACGAACCUCAAAUGUCAGUACCCCCUGGCCCAGAAGCUGGGGAGCCCUACAGCAUUGCUUUAAACCGUGCGGGAUAUCUAUUCUCUACGUCGCGCCAGUCUUCCUCCAUGACUCUUGGGGGGCCAACCACGGGAUCUGAGACGAUGAACCACCACGAUUCCCAGCAAUCUAGCGUGUCGCUGUCGACGUGGGUUUCCCAGGUGUCCUCUUCGCUGGCAACGCUUGGCGAACAAUUAUCGACAAUCUCCCACGUCAUCCCCAGUGACCAAAUCCUUCUCCGAGACGCGGAGAGUGCUGCUAGGAUCGAAGCAUUGGAAGCGAGACAGAUUCAUCUUGAAGAGGAAGUAGCCCAGGUUCGAAGGAUGAUUGAGCAGCUGCUUCCAAACCAGGAUGUUGGGGCAGGACACCAGCAGGAGGGGGGCAGUAAGAGGGAUAACGACGAGCUGCAGAAGAAAGUAGACGGAAUUCUGGCCAACAUUCAAUUAGAACAAUCAAGGCUAUAUCCCCGGUUGCUGAAUUCAACUGCAUCGAUGUCAAAGAUGUCCAUCCAGCCACUACCUACUUCCAGUGGAAAGCCACCUCCGAAUUUCCCUGCGACUAAAGGUGAAUAUGAACAUUUGACAAAGGAAAGAUACGAGGAUAUCAUGAAGGCGUACGGAUUACCUAUCAAGGGAGAUACGACCGCGAAGAGGGACGCUCUUCGUGCAUUUCUUGGCCUCCCUGCUUGA